CCCAUUUCUCUUCACAUUUUUCGCGGGAAACUAGAAGACCCUAAAACUCCCAAGUAACAGCACACACAAAGGGGGGAAGACAAGAAGAAAAAUAUCUCGAGAAAGAAAACGAAAAUGGCACCGGUGGAGGAUGAUCAGGAUGUGGGACAAGAUCAACUUGAUGAAGAAUUCUCUGUAUGGAAGAAGAACACGCCAUUUCUCUAUGACUUCGUCAUCUCUCACCCUCUCGAGUGGCCAUCUCUAACCGUCCAAUGGGUACCACUCGCAACUCCACUGCCUCACUCAACCGACCCGUCGUCUUUCUCCGUUCACAAGCUGGUUCUUGGGACUCACACUUCUGAUGAUUUCCCCAACUAUCUCUUGAUUGCUGAUGCUGUGCUGCCCACUUCGGUCGCCGAAGCCAAGAUUGACGCUAGUGGCAGUUCUACGAAUUCUGUGAUUCCUAAGGUGGAAAUUACACAGAAGAUUCGUGUUGAUGGAGAGGUGAACAGGGCACGAAGUAUGCCACAAAAUCCUGCUAUUGUUGGUGCAAAGACUAGUGGUUGCGAGGUUUAUGUGUUUGAUUCUACCAAACAGGCAGAGAGGAAACAAAGGGAUGGCUGUGAUCCGGAUUUAAGGUUAACUGGCCAUGAUAAAGAAGGGUAUGGAUUGUCGUGGAGUCCAUUUAAGCAGGGUUAUCUUGUGAGUGGUUCACAUGAUAAUAGAAUAUGUUUGUGGGAUGUGUCUGCCGUUGCUCAAGAUAAAGUGCUUGGUGCGUUGCAAGUUUAUGAGGCCCAUGAAAGUGUGGUUGAAGAUGUGUCAUGGCACUUGAAGAAUGAAAAUUUGUUUGGUUCUGUGGGGGAUGAUUGUCAAUUAAUUAUCUGGGACUUGCGCACAAAUCAAAUCCAACAUUCUGUUAAAGCUCAUGAGAAAGAGAUUAACUAUCUAUCGUUCAAUCCAUACAAUGAAUGGAUUCUGGCCACAGCUUCUUCUGAUGCAACUGUUGGUCUGUUUGAUAUGCGGAAGCUGACUGUACCACUGCAUGCUUUACGUAGUAACACAGAAGAGGUAUUCCAAGUAGAAUGGGAUCCUAAUCAUGAAACAGUGCUAGCAUCCUCUGCUGAUGACAGAAGGUUGAACGUUUGGGAUCUGAACAGGAUUGGUGAGGAGCAGUUAGAGUUAGAUGCUGACGACGGCCCACCAGAACUUCUUUUCUCUCACGGAGGUCACAAGGCCAAGAUAUCAGAUUUUUCAUGGAAUAAAAAUGAACCAUGGGUCAUCUCAAGCGUGGCUGAUGACAACACACUUCAAGUGUGGCAAAUGGCUGAAAGUAUCUAUCGUGAUGAAGAUGACAUAGCAUCUGCUGAGGAGCCACCUCUAGCUGAGAAAUGAGCGAAAAGCCGAUCUUCGUAGCUUAAUUAGGCAACGAGACGAUGAUUUGUUUUUAACCUUCGCACCAAACAUGGCCAACUACUGUUAAUUUAAACAUUUUAUAUGCAAUUUGUGCCCCUUCAUGCUUAA